AUGGGACACUCUGAAAAAUGCCCAGAUCUGACAACCUUCUGGAAUAAUAAAACUUCAACAUGUAUGCCUUGUACCGAAAAGAAAGUUGUCAUAAAGCCAGGAUAUGGAUUCAGUCCUAACUGUGGCUAUGCGGAUGAUGGAGGGAGACAUGAGCCCACAACCAUCAGGUGCAAAGCCAACUCCACCUUUAAUGAUGGCAGCAGAGGGUUCUGUCAGCCUUGUGCCGCAUGUCCGUCCGGGUUCACCGUCUCCAGCCCGUGUAGCACGACUUCUAACACCCAGUGCCAGGAUGCAGGACGUGGGACGACCGGAGAUCCUGUCACAGAACCAACAACGUGGCAGCAGGAUCCAGGUUCCUUCGGGGAGGCAACACAGACAAACCAAGGAUCCAGCUUCAAACCAAAUGCAGCAACUAUACUAACCCCCCCCUACCCAGAUCAGGCUGGUCAUGAUGUAGCCGUACUAUGGGCAGUUCCACUUGUCAUCAUAAUUUCCAUCGUGCUUGUUGGGGUGUGUGCUUUUCUAAUCUGCAUGAAGCGGAAAAGAGGUCAGCAUCCAGUUUUGAGUUUCCGCAGAAGUUCAUCAUACAUCACUGCAGGGUUCUCUCCCCUGCCUGCUUCAUCUGGUAACAAUGAUCUGGAGCACAUUCUGAGUCCCAGCAUCCUGUCAGCGCCUUUACAGACAAUGCUGGACAACCUGGACGUUUUGGAAGAGCUGGUGAUUUUGUUGGAUCCAGAAAGCCAAGGAGUAAAGAACACCAAACAUCUGGCGUCUCAUUGCUCCUUCCCGGCCACCUGGAUUACUUACACCUACUCAAUGAAGGACAGUAAGAGCCCUCUGAAGGCAGUGUUGGAGGGGGUCACCAGCAGGUACCCCGACUGGACAGUAGGGCACCUGGCUAAGAUUCUGAAAAGUAUGGAGCGCAACGAUGCCAUCGCUGUUCUCGCCAAACUUGGACUGAAUGUGAUGCAAGUGUAACAUUUUGACUGCAAAAGCCUUUAACAUCAGGUUUAGGACUGCAGAUGUUUGCCUUUUUUUGAUCUUUUUUUUUUUUUUUUACAAGAUUCACACUCUAUUGGCUAUUUAACCAAUACCAGCAAUGGACAAAGAAAUUACGAAAAAGAAGGCUUCCAGAGCAGAUCAGUAGUAACACAAAGGAGAUAUAUAGGGAGAGUGGUUCAAUGCAGAGGAGACAUGUUUUUUUAAAGGGGUAAAUAAAGUGAACCAUAGAGUAAACAGGUAGUGAUUUCAGACACAGCCAUGGACAUGUAUCAGAUAGAACGAUCUAAUGGAAGAUAUUAUCAAGCUGCAUUAUGAGACGUGUGGGAUCCAAUGUUUUUGGGGCUUGACAGUUAAUAGAGACUAAAAGUCAGAAUAUGUCAUUCUUUGCUGUUUCAAGUACCUUCAUUUGUCUACAUAUUGAGCUGAUGAAAUGUCAUAUGUCUGCAUUUAACCACUCGUUUUCUUUCCUUUUUUAACAAUAUUUUUUACAUAAAUCUUAUUACAUUUAAGCACAUAAUGAAAUACAAAUAUUAGCGUAAUGAAGAGUUAUUCAACAGUUAUUUUUUUUUUGUAAAGCCUUUUGUAAUAUUCACAGGACAUACAAAAAAAAAGGACCACUUUAUAAGAGAAGGUGAAACCAGUCAUGUAAAGCAGGAGUCUAUAACCACAUUAGCCUUGAACCAGCAGCUGGAGUUUCUUACAUUUGAUUGUGAUUAAACUUGGCCUUUUAAAAACGACGUGUGAGGCAGCCAGUAUGUAUCCGUCCUGGUCUGCUGUGAGCUACAUUAUUGUUCUGUGCUAUAUCUGUACUGCUUUUCAGCAGAAGUUGAAAACUAAAAAAAGGUUUGAAACCACACUUGGUAAGGCUUAAACCUCACUGAGUGAGGAGGAAGCAGGGGAGAUGUCAUGCUGCACUCCCAAGUGUUAAAAAAUGCUAAAAUAUGUGCAUGUAAUCCAAUCAAUUUAGAAGCAUAACAUAUAACUCAGAGCAACAUAAUGUAUUUGGACUUUAUUCUUGCAUUAUCACAACUGCCUCUUGAAUAUUAUGACUUUUGCUUUUUUUUUUUCUAACAGUGUCCCUAAAACUCUGUUCUACAAAAGCUUUG